UUUUACACCCACCGGAAGUUGCAUGUGAAGAAAUUUCUCUCAAAAUGUUCAAAAAAUUUGAUGAGAGAGAAAUGGUAUCUGGGGUUAACAAUCCCAAAUCAUCAGUACAGAAAGGUAUCAGAAAUUCAAUAUUAGAAAACUAUCCAGCAAUAGAAACAUAUCUAGAUACCAUUAUACCAAAGAAGGGAGAUUUAAAAAUUGUUAAAUGUCAUGAACAUAUAGAAAUAUUAGCGAACUCAAAGGGAGAGCCUGUAUUCUUCAGACAGAGAGAUGGCCCAUAUAUGCCUACACUCAGGUUAUUACAUAAAUACCCAUUCAUUUUACCACACAUGCAGGUAGACAAAGGUGCAAUACGUUUUGUAUUAAGUGGAGCUAAUAUUAUGUGUCCGGGAUUGACAUCGCCUGGUGCCAAGAUGUCUAAUUUAGAAGCUGGAAAAGUAGCAACGAUUGUGGCAGAAGGCAAAGAACAUGCAUUAGCUGUAGGAAAAUUAGUUAUGUCAACAGAAGAAAUAUUAGACAAGAAUAAAGGCAUAGGUGUUGAAAAUAUACAUUACUUAAAUGAUGGAUUAUGGAACAUGAAAAAUGUUAAAUAGAAGUUUUUUGCAUUAAGAUCUGAACUAUAUUUAUAACAAAUUGUUGUAUCUGUGAUAAAUUAUAAUAUAAUGAUGCACAGUUUAAUUUGUACAUGAAUGUUACUGGCAUCUUGAACCUCAUACAUUUUCUUCUCUGAUCCUAAUCAAAACUUGGUUAACUUUACUAUAAUAGUAAACACAAAAUUACAAUUGCUAUAAGGAAUUUCUGUCAUAAUGACGUUAAAUUGUUUACAUUAAAAUGACAUUGAACAUAUGAAAUGAAUUUCUGUUUUACUUUCAUCAAGUUAUGAAUUUAAUUUUAGAUUUGUUUAAGUUUGUUUAGUUAAUUCAACUCCCUGAAUAUCAAUGUAGAUUGCAUUUUUAAGUUGACAAAAUUUGUUUUGCUCAUUGGCAACAACAUUUGAAAUCACAACAGAUUUAACCUUAAAAACAGAAGAUAAACAAGUUUUGAAGGAUAUAAGUACAACAUGUCAAAUAAAUUUUACUUUAAUAUGAUAAAUAUGAAAUUUCAAGAUAAAAUAAAAUAUGAAAAUAUAAAAUAAUAGGGGUAUGAAAUUUUAGACCAAAAAAAUAACAACUAAAUGUGUCUCAAGUGAGAUAAUCAUGUUUCCCCAUUUCUUGUUUCUGUGGUUAUCAUUAUUUUACUUUUGUUUUGAUAUUAUUCUUGUUAUAGCCAAUUGUUUUGUUCAUAUACCUUUAAGUCUGGUAAUAAUGUUUGUCUGGUAAAUAUGUUAAUUUUGUUAUUUAUAACGUAAAAUGAUGAGAUUUUUCAGGACAAACAAUAUAACUGGCCAGCAUUGUAUGUCAUAUGAUAGAUAUAAGAAGAUGUGGUAUGAGUGCCAAUGAGACAACCCUCCAUCCAAGUCAAAAUUUAUAAAAGUAAACCAUUAUAGGUCAAAGUACACUUCAACACAGAGCCUUGGCUCACACAGAACAGCAAGCUAUAAAGGGCUCCAAAAAUUACUAGUGUAAAACCAUUCAAACGGAAAAACCAAAGGUCUAAUCUAUAUAAAAAACGAGAAACGAGAAACACUUAUGAACCACAUCAACAAACGACAACUACUGAACAUCAGAUUCCUGACUUGAUCCUUGUUUAUAAUUUGUUUUGGUACUAUAAGAAUUAAUUAAAGUGAUUCAUAUAAGUGCAGGAAAAUUUUGCGAAAAAAAACAGCUUUCCUUAACUUUUUACAGUGAAAUAAACUUGAACAUGGUUCAGAUAAAAUAUACAUUUGGACAGAGUUUGCAAUGUGCUGGAUGGUUAACUAACCAUUUAAGUUUAGUGAAAAAUUAUUAUGAACUUGUCUGAAACAAAAUUUCACUAGACAAUCAAUAAUUAUAUAACUAAAAACUUCAUAAACUACAUUGGGACACACAAUCCUUUCCCAUUUACAAAGAACUACCUUGGGACACACAAGCCCUCCCAAUUUUACAAAAAACUACCUUAUGUCUGACAGGGACAUGUUGAAUUGCUCACUGUUGACAGAAGUCAAUUUAUCCAAAUAAAUGUCUUGAAUCGUUAUGGGCAAAAGAUUAAUAAUUGCACAAUCGUUAUCCAGCUUGUGCUAAUGAAGCUAAUUUAAAAAUAUUUACUAUUGAAUGAUCACCCUACAUUUUCUGGGGUAAAGAUUGCAUUCCUGCAAUCAAAACCCUAAUGGGACUGGCUUGACAGUUUUAUUUUCGAGACCUUAUUAUUACUUUUGAUAGCACAAACACAGAGUGCAAUGAGGUGAGCAAUCUUAUCUAUGAAAUAUAUACUCAGAUAUUCAAGUUAUAAUCUGAUGUGUAUGUUUAUAACCAAGAAAUCUAUUUUAUUUGAAAUUACAGAAGUGAAUCUGUCUUUAUAAAAAUAGCAAUGAAAGGAAAUAUUUAAAUAAGAGUUAUCUUUGCUUUGUCCAUUAUUGUAGUCCAAAAUAUUGCUUUCUAUUUUUGUCUCACCUUGACAGAGUCAAAAAGCGAGACAGGUAUGCUGUUUCCGGCAUCGAAGGCGGCGGCGUCAACAAUGUAUUAGUUUGUGAUAAGGGCUAGUUUAGGGUGAACCACUUGUGGUUGGGCAAUGAUAUUUGGUAUGCAGUUGAAUUAGCACUGGCAAAUCUCAGUUCCAUGGAGAUUAUUUGGCUCCGCCCCCUCAGUCAUGGUCUAUUGACUUUAAAACUUUUGCUUAGUUUACAUGUAUUAGUUUUUGAUUAGGUCAGUUCAAGGGGAACCACUAGUGGUAAGUCAAUGAUAUUUGGUAUACAGUUGUAUAAGCAUUGGCAUAUCUCAUUUCCAUGGAGAAUAUUUGGUCCGCCCCCACAGUCAUGGUCUAUUGACUUUGAAACUUUUGCUUAGUUUACCUGUAUUAGUUUGUGAUUAGAUCAGUUUAAGAUGAACAGCUAAUGUUAAGUCAGUGAUAUUUGGUAUGCAAAUUUAUUGGCAUUUACAAGUCUCAUUUCCAUGGAGAUUAUAUAGCCCCACCCCCUCAUUAUGGUUCAUUGACUUUGAAACUUUUACAUAGUUUACAAGUCAAUGUUUGUGUUUAGGUUUGUUGAAAGGGAAUGACUUAUGAUAAGUCUAUGGUAUUUGGUAUGCAGUUGUAUUAGCAUUGGCACAUCUCAUUUCCAUGGAGAUUGUUUUGCCAUGUACCUUCAGUCAUGGUUGUUUGACUUUGAAUAUUUGCAUAACUUACACGUUAAAGUAUUGCUAUUUUAAUUUCAACAUUUGCAUUGUCAAAAGUAAAAAAAGGCGAGACAUAUCUCUGUGUUAACAGUUUAUUGAUGCAAUGCAAUGUUUGAUAUUGAGUUCCCAAUGCAAAAUGAAUGCAAUCUUUACCCUUUAGUGUUCGCAAGCACUUUGAUUUAAUUAGCUCUUAAUGAAAUUGAAAUAGAAUUGACCACUAGUAUCGGUUAUCAUAUGUAAUGUUAGGUUUUUGGUCAUCAAAAGAAAUACAUUUUUUGUACAAAUGAAAUAAAAUGUUUUGUGUUUGCAUCAGAAUCAAAUGAUUUUAGAAAUUCAUUUGUAAUUAUUUAUUUCUUCUUUUUUAUAUGAGCCAGUAAUAGAACUUAGAAAUACAUUAUCACAAUCUAAGAGUUGGUAGAAAACUAAGGCUUUUUGGUGCACUUAAAAUUGGGUGAUAUUAUUAUAGAAACUUACUGUACUCAGUGCUAUUACAUAGUAUUAUAAUAAGUGUGGAAUCUUCAACUUCAUUGUAAUAAAAACAGAAAACGUG